ACAUGGGAAAGCUUCAAGUUGACGAUGCAAGUGAAGCGUCAAAUGGAAAACGAUUCAAUUAUCAAAGCAUUAAAAACGAAAUCAAAGUCACUUAAUUUGAGCUCUAGGAAAAUUACACAUAUUCCAGAAGUUUUUGGGAGGCUGACAUGGAUUGUUGUAUUAAAGUUGAAUAAUAAUUAUCUGUCGAGUCUGCCGUCUGAACUGAUGUGUUUGCAGAAGUUGACAGAGCUCAAUCUGGGAAAUAACGUUCUUGAGGAGAUCCCACCUGUGUUAAAACACUUCAGUUGUCUAAAUAAACUUUAUUUAUAUGCAAACAAAAUCAGCCAUUUGCCACCAGAGGUGCUGGAGGGUCUACCAAACCUUGAACUUCUCAAUUUGAACCACAAUAGAAUCAAGGUCAUUCCUGCAGAAAUAAAGAGGCUGUGUAGUCUAAAAAGCAUCAGUGUCACAGACAAUCAUUUGCAGCAGAUUCCAGCUGAACUGGGAUUGAUGAAGAGUUUGACUGAGAUUAACUUCACUAAUAAUAAACUGACUCAAAUACCACAGCAGUUAUACAAUUUACCACAGCUGAGGAAACUGUACUUGGCCCGAAACAACCUGACAGAUCUGCCAGAGGGCACUCUUGGAUGGAAAACUUUGAAGAUCUUGGAUGUUGCUGGAAACUGUUUAUCUGUUUUUCCAGUUGGUUUUCAGUUUCUUACAUUGGAGGAACUGUUCUUUGAAGGAAACAGUUUAGUUCCAUUCACACUGAUGGAGUCCAUUCAAGUGAAAGAAGUCUUCUCAUUAAAGGAGCUCUCAGCCAGGCUGAUCCUCCAGCAGAGCACUAAUAAGUUGUCAGUGGUGUCCAGAGCUCUGCCAGUGUUCCCAGAGCUGCAGGACAUGCUGUCUCACUGGGGCCAGUGUGCUUUGUGCUCACAGCCCUUCCUCACCACCUGGCUGGAGUGUGUGCAGUUCAUCAACACCAGGAAGCACAUGGGAAUGAAAAGCUCUCAGUCUGUUCCAGUCAGAGUUCUGCUGUGUUCCUACGACUGCUUCAACAGAGAUGACCAUCAGUACUAUGGGCUUGUACGAUUAUAAAUUAAAAAUGCAUCUUAUUACCCCCUGACUGAUCAUGAUAAUUUUUUAAAUCUCUGUUUAUCAUAAAGAAUGAAUAGUUGAUGUUUUUUUUGCGAUACACCAGCAGAUGGCAACAUUUGAUCACUGACGAUAUUUGAUCUGGCUGUCAGAUUGAUAUCUGCAGAAGAGAAUCUAUUUUUUUUUUUUUUUUUUGCAUGAAUCUAAGAAUAAUGCAGUAUAUAUUAGACUCAAAUGUCACGCACAUCUCAAUCAUUAAUACUUUACCUUUGAAAAAAUUAAAACUGAUUUUUAUAUUACAGUGAAAUAAAAUGAUUUAUUUUAAUCAUUUUUAAGUGCACAAUAUGACUUUACUAUUAUAUGUUGUCAUUAUACAUUUCCUCCUGAGUUGAUUUUAAAAGUGAUUUUUAAGUAAUCUGAAGCACUUUUGAUAUUUUUUCCAUUCACAUUUCCCCCCUUUCUAUAGUCUGGCUUUACGCUUGCCAUUAUAAUUCCCUACAAUGAAAGCACUCCAUACCGACCCUCUGUUUGGGCCAAUGGCAUCUGUUCUAACCUGAGAGGAAACUUCAUCUCUCCAAAUUAAUUUCUCAUGCAAGCCUCCUGAGCUCUGAGCAGAGUCUACCGAGUUGGGCCUGAUGAAUAAUGCAGCAGGUUUAAUUGCAAAGCCAGAAACUAAUGACUUUGGACUGGUUAACAGCAGGGGAACCAUACAUCUCUGCAAACUGAAUGAAAAAUCAGUUCAGAAAAAAGAAGGGGGGGUAGAAAACGCUAAUUGAUGAAUAAUUAAAGCUUGAGCUACAGGGCAUAAUUGUGACAUUUUGUUUCAAUCAAUUUAGAAGUGCGGGGAAAAGUGCACUUAGGAAACUAAUGGCGACUGUGUGGAUGUCCACUGAAAAGUGCCACGAGACUCAGUCAUUUAUUAUACAGCCCUCAGUCAAGCUCAGCCAUUAUUCUAGAGCAGUUGCCUCAAUUUCCAAGUGAUUGUGCACUUGGCGGGCGUUAAUGCGCCUCACAAAUGGUAUAUGGACUCCCUGUGAAAGGAGGAGAGGAGAUAGUGUAAACAAGUCUGUUUCGGUCUGAUGUUACUAAAUUACUUUCUUUGAGGCAAAUGCACCAACAAGCAGUAAGCUGUCAGAAGAGCCGCCCGCUCGGCCAUGAUAAGACUGUAUUAUAUUCAAACGUCAGCAAAAUCAAUCAACCAGAAGAUAAGGCUAUCAGUACAGCAUUUCCCGAACCAUCCCCCUGUAUUACGAUCACAACCGUCUUUGUAAAUCAUCGGGAGUACAUAAGGAUCUUUUGUUUAUGCUUUGGCACAUUGAUGAGCAAUCAGUCCAGCAUGCAGCUUUGUUGAGUCAUGAUGCUCAAACAUGUGAACAACUUCUGAAAUGUGAAUCUACAUUUGCUAGACCAGCAAUUCUUCCCCAAAACAUUGACCCAACUCAAUAGAGUUGUUUGUACAAUUUGUAUUUUUUUUCCGGCUGAUUUCAGGUUCCCAACGUUUGAAUGCAUUAAGCUGUUACCACUAAAAGAUUAUUGUUUGGCUGUCGCUUUUUCAUGCUGAUUAAGCAGUGGCACAAGAGUGAUGUUUUCCAAAUGCAUAGUCAUGGCACAAGGCCAUAGGUAAUCACAGCUGUGCUGCUAUUCAAAACAGUAAUUGAAUGUGAUAUUGAUUUUAAACAACAGUUCAAUGAACAAGUUAAUUUUGAGUAAAGGUGGUCACAUCACAUUUACCUUUGUUAAGUGAAUUGUCGCAGAGGAAAUCCAAUCAUUUCAAUAGAAAUCCACGUGUGAGGGCGCAAAAUUUCAGCCUGAUUUCGCAAUGGGGUCAAGCUGGUCACGUUGACCUGUAGAACCCUAUUUGGUCUGAAAGUGACUUAUGUGUGAAUGGUACUUCAUACAUCGCUAUACUAUUGACACAAUAAACAACUGACCUUUGCCCGCAAAAUUUACCUCAUGUAACCGCUGUUCCUAUCAUAUAGCAGUGUUUACUAAUGCAAACUAUUACAGGAAGUAUUGUUGCAUAAUAAACAAAUAAUAAAAUUAUCCACUCCUAACCUAUAGUAAAGUAUUAACAAAUUCUGAUGCAAUAAAUAAGGUCUAAUUUAACAAUGUCCAUCUCCCCCAAAACAAAGACAUCUUUCACAAACAUACAUGUCUGUCUCUUUUAAAGUUUAUAUAGUGUACAUAAUGAGUUGCAUUUGUAGGUGUUAUUAUAGCACAAUUCAUAACACCCCACCCUGGACCUCACUACUUUUCAAACCCUUGUUAUGGCCAUAUAUUGUAUGUAUAUAUUGUAUCUUAUUUUAUUAAUUACUUAGCACCUUAUUUGCUACAUUUUCUUGUUAUUUGUCAUUGUAAAAUUGAAUUUUUUCCUUGUCAUUUGUAAUUUUGUGUAUAAUGCUGUGUUUAUGUAGUGCUGUCAAACGAUUAAUCGCGAUUAAUCA